AUAAGCUGGCUGUCUUCCUCUGGUGGUCCCAGCAAGAUGGACUUACAGUGGACCCCAUUUUGCUUGCUGCUCCUCUUAGUUAUGGGGCCUGCCUAUCUGAAGACUCAGGACCACCUCAGCUGUCCAGAACCCAAGGAGCUGGAAGCCAGCAAAGUUGUGGUCCUGUCCAGCUGUCCGGGAGCCCCAGGAAGCCCGGGGGAGAAGGGAGUUCCAGGUCCUCAAGGGCCACCUGGACCACCAGGCGAGAUGGGGCCCCAGGGUGAGCCUGGAGAUCCUUCGAGCCUGCUCCAGUGUCAAGAAGGCCCUAGAAGCUGUCAGGAGCUGCUGAGCCACGGUGCCACCCUGAGUGGCUGGUACCAAGUGUGCCUACCAGAGGGCAGGGCCCUCUCGGUCUACUGCGACAUGGACACCACAGGAGGUGGCUGGUUGGUUUUCCAGCGACGACAGGAUGGUUCUGUGGAUUUCUUCCGAUCUUGGUCCUCCUACAAAGCCGGUUUUGGGAACCAGGCAUCUGAGUUCUGGCUGGGGAAUGAGAAUUUGCACCAACUCACUCUGCAGGGUACCUGGCAGCUCCGGGUGGAGCUGGAAGACUACCAUGGCAACCGCACCUUCGCCCACUAUGCAGCCUUCCACCUCCUUGGAGAGGUGGAUCACUACCAGCUGGUGCUAGGCAAGUUCUUAGAAGGCACGGCAGGGGACUCUCUGAGCUUCCACAGCGGGAAGCCCUUUACCACCUAUGAUGCUGACCAUGACCUAAGCAAGGCCAACUGUGCAGUGACAGUCCAUGGUGCCUGGUGGUACACUUCCUGCUACCGGUCCAACCUCAAUGGGCGCUAUGCCAUGUCUGAAGCCACUGCCCACAAGUAUGGCAUUGACUGGGCCUCAGGCCAAGGUGUGGGCCACCCCUACCGUAGAGUUCAGAUGAUGCUUCGUUAGGUCAACCUAGAAAACAGUGCCCUUCACUUUGUCGUACAGCUUCGGGAACCACAGCCACUUCCCCAUUCCACCCACCUCUGCUUCCCUGUCCACAUUUAAAAUAAAGAAUUUUAACCCU